CCCUCCUCUUCCUCAACUUCGUCUCGCUCCGCGUUCCCCGUCGGCCAACUCUUGCACCUCCCACGCGCAAUCCCCCAUUCCUCUUCCUCUAGCUAUCGUGUAGACCUACCAGAAAUAAUGGCGAGCAAUGGAAACAAUGUGCCUCCGGCCGAGUCGGCCACUGUGAACACCGAUAUUGUCACCUUGACCCGUUUCCUCACGGAAGAACAAACAAAGCACAAGGAGGCGACCGGAGACUUUACCUUACUAUGCCACGCCCUUCAAUUCUCCUUCAAGGCCAUCUCAUACUACAUCCGCCGAGCCACCCUCGUAAACCUCACUGGACUUGCCGGCCAAGCCAAUGCGACGGGCGACGACCAGAAGAAGCUCGACGUCAUCGGCAAUGACAUAUUCAUCGCUGCCAUGCGGUCGUCGGGGAAGUGCUCGCUGCUGGUCUCGGAAGAGGAGGAGGAAGUCAUAUAUUUCAAGGACCAGACCGGAGCUCGGUAUGCCGUGGCCUGCGACCCUAUCGACGGCAGUUCCAAUUUGGAUGCGGGUGUGUCGGUCGGAACGAUCUUCGGUAUACACAAGCUCGCCGAGGACUCGACCGGCAGGAAAGAAGACAUCUUGAAGCCCGGCUCCGAGCUUCUCGCUGCCGGAUUCACCAUGUACGGCGCCUCGGCACAGCUCGUUAUUACGAUGAAAGGCGGUACCGUCAACGGGUUCACGCUCGACAACUCGUUUGGCGAGUUCAUCCUAACCCACCCGAACAUGCGAAUCCCGAAAAAGCGAGCCAUCUACUCCGUCAACGAGGGCAACUCGUUGUACUGGGACGAGAGCACGAAGGAGUACUUCAACUCCCUGAAGUACCCGCAAGACAACGGCAAGCCGUACAGUGCGAGAUACAUCGGUAGUAUGGUCGCCGAUGCCUAUCGAACGCUGUUGUAUGGGGGUAUCUUCGCCUAUCCGGCGGACAAGAAGAGCCCCAAAGGCAAGCUGCGAAUCCUGUAUGAGUGCGCGCCGAUGGCCAUGGUUUUCGAGAAUGCUGGUGGCCAAGCCGUAGAUGGUAAAAUGAAUCGGAUGCUCGAGGUCGUACCCGAGCACAUCCACGACCGGUCCGGAAUUUUCUUGGGCAGUUACGACGAGGUCGAAAAGGUUAAGGCAUUCUAUAAGUGAUUUCUUGGGAGGGAGAGGGAGAUGGGACACGCCGUAUAUCUAUACAUAAAGCGAAGUGGCUCGAAAUUCAUGUGUACUUUAGCGCUGAAACCCCCAAAAGGCAUAGGACCGGGAGCAACAGAGGGUUGAAU